AUGCUCGAAAGUACAAUCUCCGGGGUCGGCAGCAUUGAAGUCAGCUCACGUGACACCCAGUCCUGGAUCAGACUCUCCAAACGAGAGAUCGGCCAGCCGGCGGCCUUGCAGACUCUCUACCCAGGGGCGGCAGGCUACAGCAUCGAGCUGGCAGCCUCAAAGCUGGGCCCCGGCUUCCCCGGCUUCCAGGCAUAUCACACUUCGGUCAAAGUUGAUGACUUGGAGUAUUCCUUCAGUGGCGACGGCAUAGUGAUUGGACGCGGCUUGCCCAGCCACGUCCGCAUGGCCGACAAACCGCAGGUCCUCUACAUGGGCUUGACCAGGAUUUCUGGGGAGGACUUGAAGGAACAGUUGGGACGCUUCUUUAAGCGAGGCACUUACGACCUCCUGAGGAAGAACUGCAACUCUUUCACUGAUUGCGCCUUGUUCUUCCUGCUGGACUCACGACUGGAUCCGGGCUAUCGAGGUCUGGAGCAGUUGGGCCACAUGGCCGAUCGGCAAGCAGGUAUCGUUCAGGCAAUCACAGAGGGCGGCUACCGUCCCAAUCCGAACGCAGAUAAAUUCAGCGUGGAGUUCACGAUUUCAGAAAUCGACAAGAUCAAGUCGUCAUCGGCUUUUGGACUGCGGUGA